AUGACGGAAACAGCAAUUGACCCUCGCUAUCUUUCGGCCGGCGCAAACAGGUACGCCGCUGCCGCUGACUGGGCAGAGAAUGGCCUUGUGGCAUUUGGCGCGGACAUCAACGUCUGCCUCUGGAACCCUUCGAACACUGUUGGUAUCUCCCAGAUUUUGAGCGGCCAUACAGCUCAUGUACGGGCCGUCAAGUUUCUUCCUAGGUUGCAAGAUGAAAAGUCAACAUACCUAGUAAGCGGAGGCGACGACCAAAGCCUUCGGGUCUGGGCCCUCGACAGCGAGACCGGUACCGCAACAUGUGUCCAGACCCUACAGGAGCACACGGCCCCUAUCAACUACCUCGCAGCUCUCAAGAUUCCCGUUGGCAGCACUAAGCGUCGGAUUUUUGUUUCGGGCGCGGCAGACUCUACCGUCAAGGUCUGGUCUGUGGAUGUCUCAUCCGGCCAAACCACCCUUCUUCAAACCAUCAAGACUGCGAAGAAGUACUUCCCAUUGGCCCUUGCCUUGAGCCCCCUAAACGACGAGGGAACUUCUCUCAUUCUGGCCGUUGCCGGGACCACAAACAUCAUCCAGGUCUUCACUGCCUCGACAGUAGACGACACCCAGCUCGAAUUCACCCCUCAAGCCACCCUCCCAGGCCACGAGAACUGGAUCCGAUCUCUUGAUUUUAUCCGCGAAAAGCCAAAGUCCGAAGCCGAGAGCGACAUUCUUCUCGCCUCAGCCAGCCAGGACAAGUACAUCAGGAUAUGGCGUAUACACCAAGGCAGUGCCCUGUCUAUGCCGACCUCGGCCGCCUCAGAUGCUUCGGCUGCUGCCGCUGCUUUGACUCCUGGCCCAGCAAACAAGAUCCACAAGAUCAAAGUCGAGGGAGCUGACCCCGCUACCAACAAGUACUGCAUCAUGUUCGAGGCUCUGCUCCUUGGUCACGAAGACUGGAUCUACACCGCGCGCUGGUGCCGCUCUCCUACUUCCACCACUUCCGACAGCAGCGAGGGUACCCUCCAGCUCCUCUCCGCUUCAGCAGACAACUCGCUCUCGAUCUGGGAGUCCGAUCCGGAGUCCGGCAUCUGGAUCACCGUCGCCCGUCUCGGCGAGGUCAGUCGUGAAAAGGGCGCCACGACGGCGACCGGCAGUAUCGGUGGCUUCUGGACCGGCAUGUGGUCGCCCUCCGGCACCACCGUCAUCACCCUCGGGCGCACCGGCAGCUGGCGUCGCUGGGACUGGGACAGCGACGACCAAGCCUGGAAGCAGAAUUUUGCCGUAUCCGGGCACACCCGAGCCGUGACGGGCAUUUCGUGGUCCCGCAACGGCGUCUACCUCCUUUCCACUAGCUCCGACCAAACCACCCGCCUGCACGCCGAAUGGGCCACCAACCCUUCCUUAACCACCUACCCCAGCAAGCGUACCUGGCACGAGAUGGCCCGCCCCCAAAUCCACGGCUAUGACCUCAACUGCAUCGACUCCCUGUCCUCGACCUCUUUUGUCUCCGGCGCCGACGAGAAGCUCAUGCGUGUCUUCACCGAGCCCAAAGCCGUCGCCCGCAUGCUCAACCGGCUGACGGGCACCUCUUCUGCUCUUUCCUCCUCCGAUUUUGACUCCCUCCCCGCCGACGCCGCCAACAUCCCCGUGCUCGGCCUCUCCAACAAGGCCAUCGACGUGAUCGACGACGACGCCGACGCCUCAGCUGCCGCCGGCGGUAAUCCCGACGGCGGACGCGGUGGUGACGUCACGAUGCAAGACCGCGAGAACAUGCUCGACCCAGCGAGUAUGGUGCGCAAGUCCGCGUUGGAAAUCGACCACCCUCCUUUCGAAGAAAGUCUCAGUCGACAUACGCUCUGGCCUGAGGUAGAGAAGUUGUAUGGACACGGUUACGAGAUCUCCUGUCUUGCCGUCUCUCAUCCUUCUUCAUCUGACCAAAAAGAAAAAGAAAAAGAAACCCACCUCAUCGCCUCAGCCUGCCGCGCCGCCUCCCUCAACCACGCCGUCAUCCGCCUCUUCGAAACCGACAAGUGGACCGAACUCCGUCCUCCGCUCAAGGCGCACACCUCUACCAUUCACCGCCUGCGCUUCUCUUCCGACAACACGUACUUGCUGUCUGUAGGCAAAGAUAGACAGUGGGCCGUCUUCCAGCGCGAUCCCCAAUCCAGCGCAGGAUACACGCUCCUGCAGUUGAACCCCAAGGGUCAUAGCCGCAUGAUUCUGGAUGCGGCGUGGGCGCCCAAGAGCUCGUCAUCCUCCUCUGUCGACGUGUUCGCGACGGCCGGUAGGGAUAAAGCGGUCAAAGUCUGGGUUAGGAGGCCUUCUCGACAACAACAACAACAGCACAAACUUGAAGAAGGGGAAGAAACCUUGGAGAAGGAAAAGAAGGAAGAAGAGGAAUUUACUUUGGGUUUGUCCCUGACAGAAGACCAACCCGUUACGGCGCUGGAUUUUGCUUCUGAGCCUCUUGAUUCGUCGGAAGAAGAAGACGGAAGCGUGAGCAACACGUACCUGCUGGCCGUGGGAACAGAGAGCGGCAAGCUAUCGGUGCUGGCGAUCAAGGUUAGCGGGGAUGGCGCGGAAGUGAGCGUGGCAGAGACGUAUAAGGUGGGAGAGCAGUUGUGGUUGCCCAAGGCGGUGAUGCAACUUGCAUGGAGGCCGAGGGUGAGGAAGGGUGGUGAGGGUGAGGACGACACAAGUGGGAAGCAGGCGAGGGAGCUGGCUAUUGCUGGGGAGGAUGGGUCUUUGAGGAUAUAUGAGUUUUCUUUGUAAGGUUUGGACGCGCGAAAGGACGGAUAGACCAAAAUAUCAUUGAUAUCAUCUUGGUUCGUGGUUUGUAGAAAUAGACGAUGAGUGAGUGUA